AUGAGCGCCAUCCUCUCCGCCGACGACCUCAACGACUUCAUUUCCCCCGGCGUCGCGUGUAUCAAGCCCGUCGAGACCCUCCCCACUGCCGAUCCCAACGCCGCCAACGAGACCGAGGUCAUCCUCGACGGCCAGCAGCCUGCGGCAUCCGCGAACAACCCAGCAGAGAUUUCUUUGACGGACUGCUUAGCAUGCUCGGGCUGCGUGACAUCCGCCGAAGCCGUCCUCGUCAGUCUCCAGAGCCAUGCCGAGGUUCUGUCAGUGUUGGAUUCCGCGCCAGCGCUCAGAGUAGUCGGACCAGAUGACAAGGGCAAAUACAGCGUCGAGGGCCUGGAGAAUGAAGAUGCGAAACUAUUUGUCGCAAGUGUCAGCUCGCAAACGAGAGCUAAUCUCGCCGCAGCAUGCGGCGGCAAUAUCUCGGAAAAGGAGGCAGGCCUGAUGCUCGAGAACCUGCUGAGCAGUCCGAGCGGGUUAUCGAGUGGUGGAAAGUGGAAUAAUGGAUUCACAUGGGUUGUCGACACAAACAUUGCGAGAGAGGCGACGCUGGUUCUAAGCGCAGACGAGGUUCUUGGAAAUCCCAAGGCUGCUAAGCAACAUCCAGCCAAGCCAAUUCUGGCGUCAUCGUGCCCUGGCUGGGUAUGUUAUGCCGAAAAGACACAUCCACAUGUGCUGCCGCAUUUAUCCAAAGUCAAGUCGCCACAGGCGUUGAUGGGCACCCUUCUCAAGACGACGUUGAGUCGCACCCUAAACAUCCCACCAAGCCGAAUUUGGCACCUGAGCGUCAUGCCAUGCUUCGAUAAGAAGUUGGAAGCCAGUCGAGAAGAGCUCACUGACUCAAUCUGGAAUGGCGAUGGUAACCCUGGAAGAGGAGUUCGGGAUGUCGACUGUGUGAUCACGAGCAAGGAGGUACUGAUGCUCGCAGAAUCAAGAGGCGUCAGCCUAUUUGACAUGCCGAAAAGUAAAUCGGCCAGUAAUGCACAGUCGUCUCCAUUCCCUGAUGCCAAGCUAAGGGCAUUCCUAUUCCCCUCCGGUGGGCUUCGUAACCCAUCACCAUCAGCUGGAUCCUCUGGAGGUCUCUUGUACCACGUCCUUCAAGCCAAGGCCGCGCAGAUCCCGGGGUCUGAGAUCCAAAUUACCCGCGGUCGCAAUAUCGACGUUGUCGAGUACUCCGUAUGCCAGAAUGGAGAGACCGUGUUCAAAGCUGCGCGAUACUACGGCUUUAGGAAUAUCCAGAAUCUAGUGCGGAGAUUGAAGCCAGCCAGACCAUCUCGCAUGCCUGGAGGUAAACCUUUUGGCAGUGCCCGGAGGCCCACUGGGAAGACGUCGUCGCUUGAACACUCAUAUGUUGAGGUCAUGGCAUGCCCUGGCGGCUGCACAAACGGCGGGGGUCAAAUCAAGGUAGACGAUCCCAUCAUUAUAGAGCGCAAGAAUCUCCCUCCCAACCCCGGACCACAGGAGCAAAAGGAGUGGUUGGCGGAGGUUGAUGAGGCCUACUUCUCAGGAGGAGAAGAGUCUGAACUUGAGGUCUCUCGGGGUGGUUCAGACGAUGAUACCGUAGGGGGCAUCUCGCACGCGUACAUACACGAUGCCCUCGCAUAUUGGUCCAAAAUCACGGGUGUGGACUUAAAUAGAUUAGCAUUCACGAGCUAUCGUGAAGUCAUCAGCGACGUUGGCAAGGACACCAUCACUGACACCGAGAAAGUCGUUCAGCUGGCUGGAAAGAUUGGCGGUGGAUGGUAG